GAACGACUUUAUUGACCCUCGAAGCUCCUAGUUCAAUACGGUACGGAGCCUUACGAUCUUGUUCUUGACGAAUUGUUUUAGUUGUUUUAUGGAUCAUAGAAAAGAAAGCCCGACCAAUGUCAUUCUCAACCAUCACACCAAUGUCAGGAUGUUACAGAGUAUUGCUACGGAGUCUGGAUACGAGUAGGAGUGGCCGCAAUCAUGUUCAUCCCCUAUCGACGUGGACGAGCAGCAUAAGACCAGGCCUUAUUUUCAGAGGACACUCAAUGGUUUUGGGCCAGCCUCUUCGCCAUUUAUCUUUGGCGGCUACAAUGGAAAACCCAAUCACCAUCUCGAAUGAUCGUCAGAAGAUCACAUUUCGCUUGAAGGAUGGUUCCGAAAUCACACAGCAGUUCCACCCUACGCCAAAAGCAAAGACCGACAAACUCACAGCGGCACUUGCGUCGUUACUGUCGGACAAGGCCGGUACGAGGAAUGCCACAGCGCCGUCGACAUCGUUUGGCACGAGCCACUGGGUCCUUGACCCCCUGGGAGACGCCAUCCAUAGACACCUUGCCUUGACGUCGCCAGAGGAACGUGACAGGGUCGAAAAGGCCAUCAUGGAGGAAGCGGACAAGAUGAACCACCACCCUCACAUCGCUCGAGUCGGCGAGGGCGACAACGGUCAAGGGCAGUUGAACAAUUGCUUGACCGUCACGUGUACGACACAUAGUCCGCGAGGACUGAGUGUUCGAGAUACGAGGCUGGCCGCGAAGAUCAAUGAGGUACUCUCAGAGAUUGACGUGACGAGGCCUGUCGUGGGAUCAGUGCCCGGACAAGGUUCGAAUGAAAUAUCAGAACGCGUAAAACUCAGCCGCAAAGCUUCUAUAUUCGAAAACCGGCAAAAGAUCCUGGAAGCCCUAGACAACUGCGGUUGUGAAAAUGCAAAGUCAUGA